UCUCCCCUCCCUCUUGAUCACUUUGAGCUUGAGACCGAUAUCGAUCGAGCACUGCCUUGCGUGGCGCCGUCGGGCGAAAUGGGGGCCAGCGGCUCGCCGUCGUCGGCUCAGUCCCCCGGCGGCCGAGGCCAGCACCACUCCCCGUCGAUCAACUGCCAGGGCCAGCGCAGUGGGCUGCUUCCGGCCGCUUUGCCCGCGGACAGCAGGUGGGCGCUCCCGGUGGCGGUCACCGUCUCCCUGUUCAUCGGCGUCACGGUCACGCUCGCCGUGACGUCGUCGGCGUCACUGUCACUGUGCCCCAUCUCCUCCUCCUUCUUCUCGUUCCUCCCGGCCACCACCAGCGCUAGCUUGCCCGAGCCGGUCACCCCGUCCCCUGGCGCGGACGUGACGGUGCCGCGGCUGGCCUACCUCGUCUCCGGGUCCAAGGGCGACCUGGACCGGCUGUGGCGGGUGCUGCACGCGCUCUACCACCCGCGCAACCUCUACGUGCUGCACCUGGACCUGGAGUCCCCGCCGGAGGAGCGGGCGGAGCUGGCGGCGCGCGUGGGCAACAGCACCGUGUUCCAGCGCGUCGGCAACGUCGAGGUCAUCCGGCGCGCCAACAUGGUGACCUACCGCGGGCCGACGAUGGUGGCCAACACCCUGCAUGCAUGCGCCGUGCUCCUCCGCCGUAGCCGCGACUGGGACUGGUUCAUCAACCUCUCUGCCUCCGACUACCCGCUCAUGACCUUCAUGACACGUGCAUACACAGAUAUCCUGCACGUAUUCUCGACGCUGCCGAGGAACAUCAGCUUCAUGGAGCAUACCAGCAAGCUGGGGUGGAUGGCGGACCGCCGGGCGAAGCCUAUAAUCGUGGACCCGGGGCUGUACAUGUCGACGAAGAAGGACAUCUUCACCGUGUCGCCGCAGCAGCGGGAGCUGCCGACGGCGUUCAGGCUGCACACGGGGUCGGCGUGGGUGGCGCUGUCGCGGGAGUUCGUCGAGUACGUGGUGUCGGGGUGGGACAACCUGCCGCGGACGCUCCUCAUGUACUACGCCAACUUCGUCUCCUCCCCGGAGGGCUACUUCCAGACCGUGAUCUGCAACGCGCCCGGCUUCAUGCACGCCGUCGCCAACCAUGACCUGCACCACAUCCGGUGGGACGUCCCGCCGAGGCAGCACCCGCGACUGCUCCGGCUCGCCGACAGGGACGGAAUGGUGGGCAGCAACGCGCCCUUCGCGCGCAAGUUCGCGCGUGACGACCCCGUGCUCGACGCCAUAGACGCCGACCUUCUGCUCCGCCGCGGGAGGAAUGGGACGGCGGCCGGGAUGUUCGUGCCCGGUGGCUGGUGCGGCCAGCACGGGGACUGCGGUGCCGCCCGCGCCAACGUCGAUGACUCGGUGCUCAGGCCCGGUCCCGGUGCCGAGAGGUUACAAAGGCUCGUGGACAGGAUCGUCAGGUCUGAGGCCUUCGCCAAUAGCCAGUGCAAAUAA